AUGUCUCAAGAUAAGGAUGAAGAUGAUGUGGAUCCAGAAUCUAUUGAAGAAGCAGGAAUACUGGAAGCAGAUGUGGGGGCACAUUUUGACCAGCAAUUGGCGGGUAUAGACCCGAAGUUGAAGAUCAACAUGGACCCCCAGGCUCAUCGUGACCUGAGACCGGAAAUGAUGUUUAUACGGGAGGAACUACGUCAGGCGAAAUGGCAGACAUUGGCUGUUCGUCGGGCGGCGUUAAGGAAACUUCUUAUGAGAGAUUUCUUGGAAGAGGAUUGCGAGUUGAAGAAUUUGGGAUUGUCUUACGCUCCACCCGAUCCUUAA